AUGGUAAACGUGAGCAUGCUAGUGUGCAGCUUAACAUCUCUAUUUUUCACACAGAACGGUUGGCUUGAGCUGAACUCCCGCUGUUUUAAGUUCAUCUUCGAUGAAAAGGAUUGGGAUGAUGCUGAGGACAGCUGCAUUGAACAAGAAGGAAAUCUGGCUUCCAUCCAUAGCGAUGAGGAUUACGCUGCACUCAGGGAUUUGGUGAAAACUUCGACAGGACUCGAUAAACAAACUUGGGUGGGCGGGUAUGAUGCAGUCAAGGAGGGAUGUUGGAGAUGGUCUGAUGGCUCAUCUUUUAAUUUCAACAACUGGGGCCCUCAAGAGCCAAACAACUUUGGCAAGGGCGAACAUUGCCUGGAGCUGAACUUUAACAAGAAAGACUGGAGCAACGACUGGUACUGUAGGUUCAAAAGAUCCUACAUCUGUGGAAGGGACAAGGUGAAGGCGAACCAGGACUGA